UCCUUAAACUCCUUGGUCCAAGUCCAACAAUCGAUCCAUCGAGAGACAAAAACCAUAACGCGCAAGGCGAACAGAGACGCGAUCGGGCCAACGGGCAUCCCCGAUUCAGAGGCCAACCGCCGCGCCCGCGGCCGACAACCGACGUCUCCGGUGCCCCUCCCCGGCACCUUGGGCGCCGUCCGCGUCCGGAGUAUCCUCGACCCCGAUUUCGAGGCUUGGUCGCUGAGACUCGAGGCGAAGAAUUGCAUCGAUAGCUUUGCAGCUAUGCAGAGUCAACUCGUCUGUAGUGGCUGUCGAAGCCUUCUUCUUUAUCCAAGAGGGGCUUCAAAUGUUUGCUGUGCAUUAUGUAGCACAAUAACCUCUGUUCCUCCUCCUGGUUCAGAAAUGGCCCAGCUUAUAUGUGCAGGUUGCAGGACACUGCUUAUGUACUCCCGUGGGGCUUCCAGCGUGAGAUGCUCCUGCUGUCACACUGUGAACCUUGCACCAGUCACACCACCUUGCAAAAAAGCUUCUCAUAUAAAUUGUGGAAACUGCCGGACGAUGCUGAUGUACCCAUAUGGAGCUCCAUCUGUGAAGUGUGCAAUCUGUAACUACAUUACUAAUGUUGGCGCGAGCAAUCCGAGGGUUUAUGUUCCAUCACAAAGACCCGAUGGACCACAGUCAGGGACAACGCCGUCUACUUCAACGUCAAUGCCCCAAUCUACUCAAACUGUAGUGGUUGAGAACCCCAUGUCUGUUGAUGAGAGUGGCAAACUGGUGACUAAUGUUGUUGUCGGCGUCACGACAGAGAAACGGUGAUCCAUUUCCAUCCGUCGAAUAUGGACAUUAUUGGUUGUGUAUAUGAUGUGAGAAGGACAUUGACAUUAGUACUUCCAGUGCAUUCAGAUUCCUGUCACUGUAUUGAGGAUCUUGUAAAAACUUGUCUCAUUUGUUUGGCCCUAUAAUACUUAUAGAGUGAAUAAAAGUCUUGAUAUUCCUGCAUGAGCUUGGAAAAAAGGUAAUCUACUUUUAUCAGUUGGAUAUGGACAUGGAUGUUGGUUUGUACAUUAUGUGGAUAAUACCAUUUAUAUCUGCACUUCAAGCUCAUUCAGUCA